CGGCCUGCGGGACAUCCAGUGCACGGCGGACGGGCACUGGAGCGGCAGCGAUAUCCGUCGUCGUCGCGCUCGUCGCCCGUCAAUUCGUGCGCGGCGGUGUGUGUGGCGGACGCGAGUACGCGGUGGCAACGCGGUGCGGAGGAGCGUCGCGAGUUCUGUCGCGGCGAGGAUGAGCGAGAGACGCGCGGCGUGCAACACGAAGCUACGCGAGUGACUCUCCGUCGUGUAGCGUAGUGUCCCCGCUGCGCGAGUCCGCCUUUCCUCCGCGGUCUUCGCCACUCGUCCGUGUGGUCUCUCUUCUCUCUCUCUCUCUCUUUCUCAUCCCCGGGAGAGGAGAUGCCGCGAUAAGGACGACGGCCACCGGUCGGUUCGCCGGAGCGAGUCCGCGAGCGCGUCGCUGGCCCCGGCUGCGCGAUGACUUAUGUCCCGGUGUCCCAGAGCGGCCCUUCCUCGGACCGAGAGACGCUCGGCUUGGAAUUGUCGGUAGCAGCUUGACGAAUGGAAUUCUGGGAUCUGUCGCAUGAAGUAUCCGCAAAAUCAUAAAUGUGCCUUGGACGUCCUAGCCAUUGAACGAGACAGCAUCAAAAUGAACAGGGCGGAGAGCGAGGACGCCGGUAAAGGCUGGCACGAGUGCGCCAGCUGGCUAACCAGAUGCGGCGCACUGCGAGCGGAUCACAAGGCCAACUGGCCGCAGGCAACCGCGUUCGAUCUGGCCUACACGUUGCGAGACGGUGUGUUGCUGUGCAAUCUCCUGAACAUUGUGGAUCCUGGUUGCAUAGACAUGAAGGACGUGAAUCAGAAGCCGCAGAUGGCGCAGUUCCUGUGCCUGCGUAAUAUAAAAGUGUUCUUAUCAGUAUGCUCGAGCGUCUUCGGCCUCUCCGACUCGGAGCUCUUCGAGCCGUUCAUGCUCUUCGACCUCUCCAACUUCCAUCGCGUCCUUUGCACACUGUCGGCUUUGUCCAAUUGUCCAAGACUGAGGCGAAAGGGUAUACCUGGAUUCUCCGUUGGUCGUGGAAGAUCGCAGGAGGACAUUUAUAAGGAUUUACAAAGUGCUGGAGCAGGCCGCGAAGACGAGGGUCGCCGCAGGAGGUUUAGGAGACGGGAGGGUGACGAGACUGGCGGCGGGAGGGAUAACGAGGAUCCGGUCGGCGAGGAGGACGGAUACGGAGCUUUUUGCAGUCACGCGCAAAGCGAGGAGAUCUACCAGGACCUCUGUAGUCUGCAUUUACCGCCUCCUCCGUCAGUUGCGCAGAGUGGUGCCAUUUCCGGAGGCGAGAAGAGAGAUUACGUGAUCCAGGAGCUGGUGGAGACCGAGCGAAAUUACACAGAAGUCCUCAGUAGCCUGCUCAGACACUUCGCCCGACCGCUGUCGUCGUUACUCCGGUCCGAUGACUCCGCCCACAUCUUCUUCGGUAUCAAGGAGCUCUCGGAAAUCCACGUGGGCUUUCACAGUCAACUACGUAAGGCGCGAAACGGCGCCGCGCUCGCCCAGGUCUUCCUGGACUGGCGGGAGAAGUUCCUCAUUUACGGCGAUUACUGCGCAAACCUCACCGUAGCACAAAAUACUCUGCAGGAAGCAUGCGCGCGUAACGAAGUAGUCAAUCAACAAGUUAUUAGAUGCCAACAAGAAGCUAACAAUGGUAAAUUUAAGCUGCGCGACAUACUUUCUGUGCCGAUGCAAAGGGUGCUCAAGUAUCACUUGCUAUUGGACAAGCUGGUGGAGGAGACUCCUCGCGAGUGGGUGGAGGACUGUCGUGCGUUGGCGAAAGCGAGGGAAGUGAUGGUCGAUGUUGCCCAGUAUAUAAACGAAGUAAAACGCGACUCCGACACGCUGGACAUUAUAAAGGAUAUCCAGGCAUCGAUAAUCGACUGGGAUGUGCCUGAGGAUGCACAGCUGAAGGAUUUCGGCCGAUUACUUCGUGACGGCGAGCUCAAGGUAAAAGCUCAUGGCGACCAGAGGAUAAAGGCCCGUUAUGCAUUCGUGUUCGAGCAAGUGGUACUGAUUUGCAAAGCUGGUAGAGGAGAUCAAUAUUGUUACCGGGAAACUCUACGAUUAGACGACUACAGACUGGAGGACCACAUAGGACGGCGAACUCUGGGCAGAGAUUCGCGUUGGUCCUACCAGUGGUUACUUGUACAUAAGCAGGCGUAUACAGCGUACACUUUAUACGCGAGAACGGAGGAACAGAAGCAGAUGUGGAUAAAGGCGUUACAGGAUGCGAUGGAUAACGUUAAUCCCGCAGCUUGUCGGAACACCAAUCACAAAUUCAAAUUGACAACGUUCGACACUCCUAAGAGCUGUCAACGAUGUGGAAAAUUUCUUAAGGGCCGCAUAUUCCAGGGUUACAAAUGCGAGAUAUGUCGCCUUGCCGUGCACAAACAGUGCAUCGCGCACUCGGGUCGCUGUAUGCCUACACCACCGUCGCCGACACCGCCGCCGCCGCUACCCUGCGAACGCGCGCUCACCGUGAAGCUGUGGUUCGUCGGAGAGAUGGGCAGAGAUGCAGCUUCCAACAAACUGGAAUCACGCGAAGAUGGCACCUACAUGCUGCGCGUCCGUCCGGCUGGACAGCCGCGUCUCAAGCAUGAAACAAAUUACGCUCUUAGUAUCAAGGUGGAAGGAGCGGUGAAACAUAUCCGAGUGUUCAAACGCGAUGUGGACGGCGCAGAUCUAUACUAUCUCAGCGAGUCCCGCUUUUUCAAGAGCGUCGUUGAGUUAGUCGAGUACUAUGAACGGGCAUCGCUUUCGGAGAAUUUCGAGAAUCUGGACCAGCGUCUAUUAUGGCCGUACCGGCGUGUCCUGGCCAAGGCGCUAUUCGACUUUCGUGGCUGCGAACGCAAUCAACUGAGCCUACGACGUGGCUGUCGAGUCGUGGUACUAAGCAAGGAGGGUGAUGCCAAAGGAUGGUGGAAGGGUAAAAUAGGCGAUCAAGUAGGAUUCUUUCCAAAAGAAUAUGUGGAGGAGGAAGAGGACUAUUAAAGACGAACCGUUAUUAUAUAUCGUUGCAUAUAAUAUAUCGGAUAUUCUUUCCAAGUUUUCAGGUAGAUGUCUUUUGAUAAUUGAUUAUUAUACAUUGCGACAAAAUGAUAAGAUUCUUUUACGAAACUGCGUGCUUGUAAAUAUAAAUUUUAAAGUUUUAAAUGAAUUUGGUGAAGAUCUAAGAUAUUUCUAUAGAAGAUACGCAUAAUAAUAUUAUUCGGGAUUACUACACGCGAAUACAAUGUUUAUAAAUUUUACACUUAUUGUUAGGAGGAAACAUUUUAAUCUUCUGUGUGAUAACGUAAGAUCUAUUAACCUUACGGCAUGAAGAAGGUUAUAACUGAGGGUAAAAUGUAAAACAAAUAAGAUUUUGCAAUACACAAAAUCGGGUAUGAUUCAAAUAAAUCAUACUUUUAAAGAUCUAAUUUUUUUAUGGAGUCGUAGCAAAGAUAGAACCGACAUCUUAUACGCAACGACCUAAUGUCUUUGUUGACCUCUCGAUGGCCGAUAAACUCCGUGUUAAUCAUCUUACGGUGCAAUUACGAUAAUUCUAUUGACGCAUACCUCAGUAGGGGAGAAUAAUAAGACGAGUUUGUUCAGGAGGCAUUUUUGCGUUGUAUAAAAAAUAUAGGUAAUUGUAUAUGCACGGUUUACGCGUUGCACGCGUAACUUUGAUGCUACUGUUCUUUUGCGUUUGACAAGAUACAAACGCGUCACAUCGACGUAUGCAUGGCGCUACACUUAGACAACUUAGACGAAUAUUCUUAGCCACGUGUAUAGAGAUAAAGAUAAUUGCGUAUAUUUUUUACUGCGACGCGGCAUUCCUGAUUAUCGUUAGGCGAUAAUAUCAUAAAGACUAAAGUUGUUUGCCUGAAAAUGCGAAUUUAGAAAAAUUGUGUAGACACAAAAUGUCCCUGAAAAAAAUGGAAACUUGACUGUUUUCUUUGGGAGUUGAAUUUUUCUUAAAGGAAAUCAAAAGAACGGAAAGAUCAUACCAAAGAAUUGAAACUAACGUUUUUAUAUACAUAUAUGUAGUUCUCCACUUCAAUUUUAACAAAAAGUGAAUUUUUCGCCUAAAGUGUUACGGAUUCCCUUUUUUCUAUGGACAUGCUAUAGCUGCGUUCGGCAUUGAAAAUUUCAGGUGUCGGAGUGUUCUCUUGCAUUAGAGUGAGCGAGAGAGGAGAAUGAAAUAAAAUGAGAGGAAGGGCACUCCGACAUCUUAGAUUUGCAAUACCGAACACAGCUUUUAUAUAUAUAUGUGUGUGCUUUUUCUCUCUCUCUCUCUCUCUCUCUCUCUCUCUCUCUCUCUC